GGCACCCUUGCGACUAAGGGGUGGGAAUUACUGGCAAAGAGGGGGUGCCUCUUCCACCCUAACUUUAGUUGCGAACGUGCGCGUCACCUCGACGGAGUACUUUUUCACGUUUAACUCCAUCCUAACGUCUAUGUAUAUAUGUCGACGUCUAGCGUCCACCGGAUUAUUUACUAAAUACAUUUCUCUUAUGGCUUUCGCCAUUUUGAUUCGUUCAUACGAUGAACAUCGAAAUAUUCCUUUUCUUUUUAUAAAGGAUAAAAAGAGAUCUUAUUUUCAUAGAAGUGUGUGCUCCUGUGACGUUUGUAAUUUUAUCCGAUACGCCUUUCGAUAUCGAUUUCAGUAAACUCUACGGCUUACCAUUGCCCUUCUCUUCUCCCUGUCAAGAAGUUGCUUAUAGUACACCAUCGUUCUUUUUGUCUUUCCAUACAUUAUACGAUAUUGUUGUCUUAGACCGAUAAUAUUUAUAGUAUAUACACGUCAACGUGGACGCGCUUGAAUAUCGUUUACUUUUAUAAUUUGAUGCGAAUUAUUUUUUUAUGGGAAUUUCGACAUAAAUUCUCAUUACGAUGGGAAACUUUCGUCUUGGGAAGAUGAGUGUACAUCGGUGUGUAUCAUAUGACAGGGAGAAUGCAAUAAAUCGAACAAUCAAUACUCUGCGAAUUCAUCAUACUUAACGAGUAAACACUAAGAAAGAAUAAAAUUUCCUUUCACGUUGAAAAUAAAGAAAAGAAAAGAAAAGGAUUCUGCAAGUUCCGAAGAUCGAAUGCCCAGAAUGACCACAGAAAUUUUUCAACAUGGCGGUAAUGAAUCUGUCUCCUCUUGUCACGCAAUGCAGGGUGUGAAACAUAGCAGGGAACAUUGUACCGUUGUAAAUUGAACGAGAAUAUUUUGAAAAACGUUCAAAAUAUAAAUUAAAAAACAAAACGAGACAGAUUGUAUCUAUCUCUAUUCUCUCAACGAACAAAUAAAAGGAUCACUAUUAUGAAAGUUUCGCGAAAUGUAAUAUGAUUAGCAAGAAAAUGUAAUUGCGACUUUUUUAAACGAAAAACAAAAACAAUCGGGAUCAUCGUCUGCAAAACAAAGUCGAGAAAGUGGAGAUGACUUGGUCAUUUGAAUGGUCAACGCUAGGAGUAUUGAUUAUUCUUCUCCUUAACUGUGGUACAUCAAGAUCGAUCGCGAGUCUCAACGAGCCAAUUUUACUCAAAGUUAUUGUUCCUGCAUCUCACGUUGCAUUGUCAGGCGAUCUCACAGUUUUUAUAUUGGAAUCGUCACAGGAAAGAUUUUCCACGAUUCCCACCGAAGUUCAAACGGAAAAAGAAAUUACCGAAGAAGAAAAUAGUACUGAAAGUUUUGAUUCAACGACGGAUAAUCCUCUCGUUUUAAGGGUAUUAUUUCUGGAUGGUCUCACGUCUGAAUUAAUCGGCGAGUUUCCAUUGGAUACUUUGCCACAAAAGGGUGAAAAUGUUACUCUAACGAUACCAUGUGGAUUUUUUUCAAGAGGAGGUACUUAUACUUUGCAACUUCAAUAUAAACUUUCGACAGUACCAUCAAAGAUUACGGAUAUCGCCGAUUUGUCCACCAUUCAGAUGAGCAAUGCCUUAGACGUAAAGUGGCCAACGCCGUCUCUCUUUUUGGAACGUCAAAGAUUCACAACUUAUCCAAACGAACCGAUCUCAGCAACAUUAAGAUACAGCGAGAUCUCUUGCGAACCUUCCGAAAAGGUUCCAGCUGCGGCAUAUACUUUACAAUUAAUUUAUUGCGGUUCCAGUACAAUUGCCUGUGAUCCACAAAACAAAAGUCGUGUGCAGGUCCUUUAUCAUGAUGAAAUAACAGGAUUUCCAACACAAAAGCAUAUUAUUCUACGUUGCGAGUAUUUUGGACUUGCCGGUGAUUAUGCUCUUAGAUUGAAAGCAUCUCCAGUUAAUCCUAAUGCACCAACAACGAGUGCAUACAUCAAAGUUGAUUGGUCGGAAGAGUUUGUCUUCAGUGUCCAUGCACGAUCGAUUUAUCCCUGCGAAGGAUCAGGAGGAGUGCCAGUUAUAUUCGAAUAUCCAUCUUGCCGAUUACAAGGGGAUCGUGUGCGAGUUUAUGGUCGCCUUAGGGCCGACGUUCGAUCGCUUGCACCACCUUCCACCCUUCAUUAUAUAGCGGAGCUCAAAGCUAUGCCAGGAAAACACACAUUGACCUUCGAAUGCGACAUUUUUACGGAAAAAUUCAUCGAGUAUUGUUUCGUUUAUGUCAGCCAGGCUAUCACAGGGGCGAUGGCCGAGGUGAAACUCUCUUGUAUCCCUACAUUUCCCCUUCAAGAAAAUGAUGCUGGUGGUUGGGGACCGUGGAGUCCGUGGACACCGUGCAGCAGUUCCUGCAUCGGUGGAAUUCGCAAUCGUUAUAGAUUUUGCGACACUCCUCCGCCAAGAUACGGUGCUAAAUUUUGUCAGGGAAAAGCCGUCGAGACGGAAUCCUGUGGUGGUUCUCAAUGGCUCGAUUUACGAGAUACAUGGAAUAUGGCUGAUUGGGAAUGUCACCAUGGUGCUGAAUUAGCAGCAAUACGACCGGAAGUUACCGCACAGAUCGGAGUAAAGUGUCGUUGUGGAUGUUUAAUCACUCUUGGAGAGGAAAAUUCGAGAAAAAUUUUAGCAGCUAAUACACAGGCCUGUCCUGGCCGAUCGUUUUGGUUGGUAGAGGCAAGACCAAACUUUGUAGUCAGACUGCACGUAGAUCAAGCACAGUUUCCAUGUCCAGGGCAAUAUUUCCGUGUCCGUGACGGUGAUUCAUUGAGCGCAGAUCUUCUAACAGAUAUAGCCUUUGAUAAGUCUCUUCCUCCAACGAAAACAGUUAUUUCUACUGGUGAACAUUUACUACUGGAAUUUUCAAGUGACGAAAUAACAGCAGCUGGUGAAUCUUGCGUCGGUGGUUUCUUAGCUCAUGCUGUUAUUCUUUAUAAGCCACGAGAAGGGAAUCAAACGUUAAUGUCGGUGCCUUUUAAACGUAAUUCCACGUCCGUUGUUGGUGAAUGGAUAUUUUGGAUGACACCUGCCCACUUAGCUGCAGCGUCUUUAUUAAUGUUAAUAUUUUUCGUAUCUAUUUCUCUAGCAUUGCAAUUUGCCUUUAAGUAUAGGAAAUAUCAUAUUGCCGAAGAUUUGGAUAAUUUGAGCGAAUACUCCGUAUAUAGCGACUCUGGACCAAGCACAAUGAGACGUGAGAAGGCUUUAUCUUCCGCAACUUUGAUCUCCGAAGUCGUUUCUUUGGUUGGAUUGUCCAGAAGAGGUACACCUAAUCAUACGAAGCUCGAGAAUACAUCCUGCGGAGCGGAAGAAGAUUAUGAUAGCUCUGAGACUCAAGCGGAGUACGAGGACGAGACUACUGCAGAAUCAGGUACAUUGAAGUUAAAUGACUCGCAAGCUAGUGGCUCACAAAAUACUAUAGUUUCUAGCAAGGACAUUACCGAGAGCGUAUCUUUCAUGUCGAAUAUCGUUUUUGUUGGUCAGCCUGAAGUGAAGUAUGCUCGACCUGUGAAAUUACGAACGUUAGGAUUACAAAGUCCUACAUCCGAUCAAGAUUCAACGAUAGAUGAGAAUAAAAUUCAAAUUGCAUCGGAUGAUAGUACGAAUAAUCCAAAGCUUUGUCAAUAUAAUCCAAGUAAUGCUUUGCAAGGCAAGGAAUUUUCACCGGUACGAAUCUAUUCGAAUGUACCCACUUUGCGUACCGGCAAGGAAACGAAAGAUCGUCGAAAUCGGGAACGUCUGCUUCACGGGCCAGGAUCGGAAUUCAGUCUAAUUAAUCCCGAAAUGGACCUGGAGUUGGAUUACUAUGACUACAAUGUUGCGAACGCAGGAGCCGCUCCAGGUUCCUAUCUGGGUAUGGACCCAGCUUUCUUAGUCUGGAUACCACCGUUGUUGUCUACGGAUUCUGAUAUCAUUCCCAUGGAAAAUGUAGACGGUCAUCUGAUGGAAGGACAACUAGGAAGGGAAGGACUGGUGCUAGAUACGGAAGGUGCGACUUUAACUCCCAGCGAGUAUAGAAGAAUAAAAAUGUUGAGAGCUGAGGAAUCCAAAUCCAAUCUAAGCAAUUGUCCUAAUAUCGACCAACUUGACGAGGAGUUUUUAAAAAGAUGCGAUUCUAAGGGAAAUUUUCUUUCGGAUGAGGACUCAUAUGAUGGUAAGGAAAUGCUGAUCGAAAGACUACUUCCUAUUCAUCGAAUACUCGAGGAUUCUAGAAUCAGAGUGAGCGAGGAAUCGUUAUCCGGGCAAGCACUUAGAGAUAGAACGAUACUUCAGAAUAUUAUUCCAAAUCGGCUCUACGAGAGUUCAACAGCAAUUUCGAAAAGUGAGUUGGAUACUUCCCCGGAAAAGACUGCCGACCAAUCGAUGGCUGAAGCCAUCAAACAAGCGAAUCUUCCAAAUUCAUCGAGAGACAAUAACAGGAGUGGCAUGACAAACGUCAAUAGUGUCGAUAAUAGCGUCGGUCAGGUAGAGGAAAAAGAUAGGAAUAUAAAGUCACCUUUGAACGUUAAGCGAAAUCGUCACGAUACGAGUUACUCCAAAUUGUUGUCAUACAUUGGACACAAGCCCAAGGUUAGUAUUAUUCAGGACGAGAAAAAGAACGAAGAAUUGACCGUCGGGGAUGAGAAGAAAAGCGAGCAGAAUCUAGAGAAAACAAAGGACAACGAGAAGUCGAAAUCGUUCCUUUCAAAUUUGGAUUUAACAAAUGUUGUACAGUACAAGUACAAAGAUUUCACGCAUUUCACUCAACCAAGCGAAAAUAAAAAGAAUCUAGAUAUUGUAAAUAUUCCUAUGAUGGAAUUUUCGCGAGGGUGUUUAAAAUCUCCGGUUAAAGUUCAUAGGCAGGUAGAUAAAAAAAGAAUAGUUUUGCCUCAGGAAGACAUUCUAAGUCCUGAUUAUGGAGUAGAGACGGAUAUGAAGGAUGAAUCGCACGAGUCUUUCUAUGAUUUAAUUCGAGAGUCUGAAAACGAAAUCAAAUAUGCGGACGAGGACGAUGAGUAUAUUGAUAAUAAAGCCAGUACAUAAAGAAUACAAAUCAAAAUAGUUAAAAUCAAAAAAGAAAAAUAAGGGAUGUUCGCCGUACUCGCCACCUUUAAAGAGAAAAGAGCUCCGUCCCAAGAAAUUUCAAUUUUUGUGAUCUUAUUAAUUUCAUAUGCCAAAGAAUUAAUUUUUAACUGUAAAUAUUAAGUAUACAGCGUCUUUAUCUAUCGUUACAAUAGUAAGAAAAUGAUCGUCCCAAACGUCUUACGACGUUAAAAAAUCAACGUGUCUGUGGCACACCGUAAUGAUUCAUAGAAAUAUUGUUAUCGUUCUUGCAAUUAACCUUUAAGAAUUAAUAGAUAUUCCAAUGAAAAAGAAAUUGAAUUGUAUGUGUACAUACAUAGAUCGCCAUACUUCCUCUACUUUGCUGAACUUUUGAUACGUUGAACAACAAGAUUUAAAGAGAAUAAUAAAAAAUAAAAAAAAAAAAAAAUUAAAAAAACAAACAAACAAACUAUCUAAAAAGCAGGAAUUAUUGACUGUGCCUUAGGAGAUUAACGAAUUGUUGCUAAUUGUACUAUUUCAUCCGUUUAUAGUACAUUCGUUGAAACCAUGGAAUUAUCAAAGGAUUAACACUUUAUCGAUGCUUCCUUCUAAUGUAAAAAUGUUCGAAUUUCAAUUUCUUAAUUAACAUGUAGGACGAAGUAGUACAUCGUAAACAUAUCACGAGGCGUUACAACCUUAUUAGAUUAAAUAUGAGAAAAUCAUUGACUUUUUCUCAAAACAUUCGAAUUCCAUUUCGCUUUCAUCUAAUUAAUAUACGUACCGCUUAUUUCAUGCGAGAAUUUGAAAAAAGAAUUUAUAUCAUAUAAUACUUAAUAUAUCUAUGAAAUAGUAUAUAGGGUGCAGGGCGCCCAUACAUUUUCAAUGGCUUCAUAUGGAAUCUAUACAUCAUCCCUUUAAUCGAUCUUCGUCAGAACGUAUCGAAAGUCUCUGUAAAUCGAUAGAGGAAGAAUCUUUCAUUUUCUUCGAUAACAAGUGAAGCCAAUUCGAGGCUCCUCUAAUGUCUUCUUCUAUUAAAAAAUUUGGAAAGUAAUAAAUGGCUUCUGCUUUGUCAUAUGAGAAGAUACACGAGAGGAUAGAAAAUAAAUGCAGAAAAUUUUCUAUAUAAAUCGAUUCUGAAACUGAUGUUAUCGCUAACAUAUCAGCUAAACAAUGAGAUUCAGUAAUAAUGAUUUAAUUUCGAUUACAUGAUUGGCAACGGAGGAGCCUUAUUAUAUAUAUAUAUAUAUAUAUAUAUAUAUAUAUAUAUAUAUAUAUAUAUAUAUAUAUAUGCGAUAAUAUAAGACAUAAUGAAAAUAUUUUUUAUUUUAAAUAAAAUCAAAAGGAAUUGAAUCAAGUUAAUUAUACGUUAUGGUAAAAGUUCCUGGCGUGUUAAAGCUUUUGGAAACUUAAUUCCGAUGCGAGUAUUGGCGAUCUAAUCAAUUUCGAUCGGAUAUAAAAGAAAAAAAAAAAGAUACAUUUUGUGAUUUGAUUAACGUCUGAACAAAAAGAGAAAAGAAAGAGAAAAAGAAAAAAAGAAAAGAGAAAAAAGAAAAAAAGAAAAAAUUAUAAACAUUAGAAUCGUUAAUCGAGUUCAGUUAGAUAAGAACGAAUGAGUUGGAUGCAAAAUACAUGCAUCUGCCUUAGACAGAAAAAAAAAAUAUAUAUAUAUAUAUAGAAUGAAAAUAAAAGAAUUAAUCAAUUACUUAACACAUUGAUCUCUUCACGUAGACACAAGCCGAGUGAGAGCAUUAGCUUAAUUUUUUGUG